AGCCGUCGCGUGCUGCCCACUGCGCCGCGCCGCCUUCUCCCGCCGGUUGGCAGCAGGGCCGCGAUGUCGUCGUACCCGGCGUCGCUGUCGGAGUACGGCCAUCUCAUCUCGGGGCAGUGCCAUGGGGGCCAUGUUCCAGGUUAGGCAGAGCAAUUGGCUUGGACACUUCCAGGCUUGGAACGUGCUGUACUGCAUCCUGAACAUAGUCUUGUCGAUCAUAUUCUUUGUCUUGCAGUUCGUUAGUUUAGCACUGGACGCAGCACUGAAGGCCAUCGUCCACCUGAUCAUUGACAGUGUCGUCGGCCUCGUGGUGGGCUUCUUGCUCUGCCACGUGGGCUGGUUCUGCGUGGUGAAGAACAGAGGCUGCUGCGGCAAGAUAGGCUACCUCGCGUGGGGUAUUAUAUAUUUCUUGUUUGUUUUCUGGCCGGUGCUUGUUGGAACUCUCAGCAGCAGCCUUAGAAGACCCUGCUCUUCCACUCUGCGGACCGGGGGCCGCGGCUCCGCCUUCGCCCAGCGAUCGCUCGGGAUCGGGGUGGCCAGUCGGGUCCUCGACCAGCCAUGGUGCACAUCGCUCUGUGGAAUGGAUCUCGGGCCGGCCGGUCCCCCUCCUAUCGUUGCCCUUCACAGGAUCAGGCCAUGGAUCAGCCUGGCUCGCGGACUGUUUCUAAGACACCAGCGCGAUCUGCCUCAUCCUCCUGGUACCGGCUUGCGGAAUGCUGUGGUCUCUUUUCAACCUGUUUCAGGGCGGUGGUGGCUCCUCGUAGAUUGCAGCAUCGGUCAUGUCUGGUCGUAUUCUACUACGUUCAGCCAGUCGUGUUCUCUUCAGCACGGUGCCCUCCUGUCUGUGGAUUUAGUGCCGUUGGCCAAUUGAUGCCCAGUCCUCCUCCCUCCUCCCUCCUCCCUCAUCUUCCUUCCUCCCUCCCUCCCUCCUCUCAUUUCUCUCGUACGCGCCUUGCGUGCGAUCGGUUAGUAAGCAUGUAUAUUAGGCACCUUCACAGAGCUCGCGCGACGCUGCAGAAUGACGGUGCCGAUUCAGAUGUGCGAGUGCGAGGAGCAGAAACCUUAAAGUUUCCGAGACCAUGGCCUGGCUCUGCAAAAUCAGGGACAGUCGACGCACAUUCUAAUACCUAUGCCGCCGUCGACCUACUCGGGCGUUCCAUAAUCUUUCUUCGGUCUGUUCCCGCCACUCCUGUGUUGUCGGGCACUCGUUCCCGAAUCUUGUUUCGCUUGUUCGGGCUCUAGUAGUGAUUUUGACAGGAUCUAGGAGCUCUCCCGGGGGGUCCCGGCGGCUGCGGGCGCAGCGCCGUCGCGCGGC